UCGGUUACAAGCCCAGUUCCUUACCCACUGUGCUACACUCCGUCCUCUCUUCAUUGCGAGAUGUAGCCUAAUUCUACCCUGAAUUCCAGCUGAUUCCGAAGUAGAAUGUGCACAUUGCUAUGACUGGCUUGGUUUGGAAUGCAUAAACCCCUUGAUGGAAGCCAUCAAUCCACUCUCUUGUAAAAGAGUACAAAUCCCCUUCUCUAUGCCCCCCUUCACACCCAGUUCAAACAAACCGAUCCCCAGCCUAACGGAAAAGCCCUGCUGGUCAGCUGAGCUGGAACUUUGGCCUUUUUGUUCUUGUCACAACAGUACUUGGAAUAGUCUAAUGUCACAGUCACCUUGCACCAGCACGUAGGUAUGGCAUUCUCUUCGUAGUGGCCUUUAAUCUGCCCUUUUUGUUUGGUUUCUUGAGGCUAUUUGACGGCUACCUUACGCAAUGCUUGUCUGGAAAUAAAUUUAUCUGUAAACACCGCAAAAGGACCAGCAAUUCUUAAACAGAACUUUAUCAACUGUACCAUCAAAUGCAGUUAAAGAACAAAGGUUUACAGAAAACACAAAAAAGUUGUUGUUGGAGAGUUGCAGGGAAUGGCUGUUAGCUUGCUAGCUUUAGAUUACUAUGAAUAUCUGAAUUAGCCUACAUUAGCUAGCUGCCUCAGGUCUACUGUUUGUCAUUUUCCCACCAAAUGAACUUAAUGCUGAUAUGCUUGUUUUUUAUUUUUAAUUUUUAAACAAUCUUGAACAAGUGGUAUGCAUUGCCAAUGUACCUUACAUCAGAGAAGAAGUCUUGUACCAUGUUUGUCAGAAAAAGAGAAUGAUCUGGAAUACCGCAGAGUUAUUCGCUCCCUGGUGAGACAUGUGAAGUACUUCUUGGGUCUGAGGUUUGAGGUGAGCGGCUGGGAGCACCUGCAGACAGAGGGACCCUACGUAAUCAUCUCCAACCACCAGAGCUCACUGGAUGUCUUGGGCCUGAUGGAGAUCCUUCCUGACCGUUGCACCAUGGUCGCUAAGAAGGAGCUGGUGUAUGCAGGCACAGUGGGCAUUGUGUGCUGGCUAGGUGGCAUCGUCUUCAUAAACCGCAAGAAGACCAACGACGCCAAGAGCGUGAUGGGUGAUGCUGCCAAGACCAUGCUGAAAGACCAGAUCCGUCUCUGGGUGUUCCCCGAAGGCACGCGCAACCAAAAGGGCGACCUCCUGCCGUUCAAGAAAGGCGCGUUCCACCUGGCGAUACAGGCGCAGGCCCCCAUCAUACCAAUUGUGUUCUCCUCCUACAGCAACUUCUACUUACGGAAAGAAAAGCAGUUCAAAUCUGGUACCAUCACGCUGAAGAUCCUGCCAAAGAUUGAGACAAAGGGCAUGACGACAGACGAUGUGUCUGCCCUUUCUGACAAAUCCUACAACAUCAUGCGCUCUGUUUUCAUGGAGAUCUCGGGAUCAGCCAGUCAGAGCAACGGGCCUUCAGGUCACUGAGCAUUCCACUGGUACCCAGAACCCCCACCCUCUCCCACACCCCUGCCCUCCCGCCCACCUCAACCCACCUCACCCCGCCCCGCCCCACCCUUCUCCAGCAGCUCCUAGGACACGCAGGGCAGAGCAGUGGCAGGUUUUCUCCCGAACGAGACGCGGCACUGACGAGGACGACCAACCAACCAACCGACCAACCAACCAACCGUUUUUAUUUCCAGAGCUACAAUCGCGGCAGCGCUAGAGGUACAGAACACAAUGUUUUAGCCAUCCCCACGGGGUCUUUUAGUGGGCUUUGUGAGUUUUUUUGAGGGUGGGGGGUGAGGGCUUGGGGUUUUUUGGGAGGCCGUUUGAAGUGCUUGGUUUCAGACUCUCAAUUUCAGCCACCAACUUGCUCUGUGAGCCUGUCCUGGGCCUGGACUCUCGUCAGCCUUGUCCUUAACCCAUCCUCCAGGAAUACUAUUGCUUGUUGGGUCCAGUUGGGUCGGGUGGGGCCCCGUCCUGCUGUAAGGACUCUUUAUGGAUGUGCGUUCAUCAUGCAUGCCUUUGGACCAUUCGGUCCAAGCUGUUUUAUUUUGUUUAUCAAUGGUUGUGCUUUUGCUUUUCCAUUGUAGUUCCAAGUUUAUUGUCCUAGCCAGAUUUAUAAGCAUUUGUUUUUAGUUGUAAAAUUUCAGUGUAUAUUUGUAUUACUUUCUUUUUGCGCCUUACACACACAUACCCUCCAAACACAUGCACACACACACACACGCACACAUUAUCUCCCUCUCUAGUCUUCCCCCCCUACGGCUGACUACAUUCCAGAUUUUCUCUACUAUGAAAGAGAAGAGGAGUGGGUUAGAGUGAAUAAAGAGGAUGAGGAAGGGGAUGAGUGGGAGUAGUUAAAGGUGACUAGAGCAAACCAACAUCCUUUUACCACAUCUAUUCUCAGUUAUCAUGAAAGCAAUCCAACUGAAUGGUUAAUGUCAACAUAUUAAGCCAAACUGCAAGGAAAAAGAUCAACCAUUAAUUGGACUAGUUUAUUCUAAUAUUCUGCAUAGUUUGUGCACCACAGUGUUUCCCAACAAUCUUGCAAGAUUCUGCAUGUAACCUAAUGCAAGUGUUUCCAAACGGUGUACUUAUAGAUUCAUGUUUUUAUAAAAUUAGCAUUUUUCCUCUUCGUAGAAGAGCCCCAACAGUGAACCUGCUUGAAGUGUCAAAGGUAAUUUAGUCAAGUACAGAUUACACUGUACCAAUGUUACCAUUCCAAAGUACAAGCUUCCAGUUGUGCCAUGUCAAACCUUUAGUUACAGGUGCUUUACUACUAUGUAACACAGAAAGGGUUUAAGCAUGGUGAAAAGACAUUGCCAGAAUGUUCAAAAUGACAAACAGUGGUUUCAUUGCUGUAAAAAGCAGAUUGUUGCAGCUACUCCCCCCCCCCCCCCCAUGAUUCGGUUGGGGUCUCCUUCCUAGGGCUCAAAUAUUUUCAUUUUACUUGAAACUUGAAUUUUUAGCAGUGACCAUGUGCCCUGUUUAUUUUGCUGAUAAAUAUUCUGCUCUCACUCCUGCACAGAAAUUGUGUGCAGAACAUACAUGUUUCAAGUGUUUCAGUUGGCUAUAGGGAGUAAUGAGCAGUGCGGGGCAGAGCUACCAUAAAGACCAAGACUAUCCAUGCACACUGAAACCUUGCGGGAAAUUUACAGAUUCGUGAAAAUGGUGAAUUCAGAAUUAAUUUAUGAUCACUUUAAUAUUUUGGUGCCGGUGCUAGGAGUUGACACGAUUAGAUUGUGUCCUGUCUCACCUUUUCACUGGGUACAUGUAAUCAGGUUAAGUGAGCCAUGUCAUCACUGCUGAACCUGAAAUAACUCAAAUCCAUUGCAGGCAACACAAUGUGUUGCAAAUGUACAGCAGAUAUUAUUCCAUAACAUAAUUUUAACUUUUUUGAAUUGAGUGAUGAAGAGCAAUUAGCCACAAUGGAAUGCCUAUAAACACUUGGUUAUCUGCCGAGAUAUCGUCAGUAGAGAAUGAAAUCAUAUAGAAUAUAUAAUCCGACAAAUUUGUUACAAUUAAAGAGUCUAUUGAAAAAAAAACAUUUUAAUAUUUAUUUAAAACAAUAGUAAUAUACCAUAUUUUGAAAUUAGAAUAAUUCUUAAUUCUAUGAUAUUUUGGCAGCGUGUUCUUAAUAGAAAUGUCAUCGUAAUUCAAUGCCAGAAUAAGAAGAUCCUCUUAAAAGGGAGUGUUUCUGCAGUGUAGUGCUGAACCUAUUAUAUGAAAGACCAUUGUGCAAGCACAUAUAAUUUACAUUUACUUCUGUACGAUAACAUUACAGUCUGGUUGGUGGUGAAGUGGAAAAACAAAUUUUUGGGCUUUUGAGGUUCCUCUUCGAAUCUAUGAUCUAAUUUAAAACAAAUUUGAAAUUGCUAAUUGCAAUAAACUGUAUUGUAUAACUAAUUUGGAUUUGCUAAUUGCAAUAAACUGUAUUGUAUUCUAACUGAUCUAAUUGAAUGGAAUGCAGUGUAACCUUGAUUCUCAACACAUUCAUAACAAAACACUUGUAUUUAUAUUUAUUUUGGAUGAAGAAAGUGAACAGACUGUCUUUCCUGACUGUUCUGCACACCCAAAAGUUUUUCAGAUAUAACAGCUAACAUUAUUCUGCAGUAACAGGAGUUGUAACUACUAUGCCAGUGAACGUUUAUGGCACCAGUUAACCUGUUGCUUGUAUGUAAUGUAUCACAUGAUCUUUAUGAUUUUCAUAACAUUUUUGUAGGCAAAACACAUUGGUCAUUGUUAAGCAUGAGUAGAGUCACGGGAGCAAUUUUUCUAAGGUUGAUGUGAUUGACGGCGUAUAUAUAUACAUAUAUAUAUGUAUAUAUAUAUGAAGGUUUCACAAGGAAACAUUAAAAGGAGCAUGCAUAUUUCACUUAGUAUUUUUCACUUUUUGUCAAUUUUUAUUGAUCUUAUUUUCAUUUUAAACACUGGUUCUUAAAAUAUAUUAUUACCACCAUUAGUCAUGGGUGAAAUAUUUAUAAUGCAUGCACAUGAUUAUCAGAUCUACAAACAAACCUAAGAUAAGUUUAUUGAACUAUUAUAUUAUGUUGUGUCUGUUUCUGUCAUGUAACUGAAGUAAUUUUGUAUUUGUUUCAAUGAAAAUUGGGCUGUGUAUCAAGUGAAAUUCUACAGUUUUAGCUUACUAGUUACUGUGACAUUGUGCAAAAAAUUAGCUCCCAGUAUAAAAUUGAGUAAAAUCUGUGUUAAUUUUGAUUGUUACACAGUCAUUCAAAUGUUUCCCAAAAAAAAGCUAUCUCGCCAAAAAGCAAGUAAAUGGAUUAUGAAAUUCUGGAAUCAUUAGGUAGCUGACUGAAUACAAAUUGUAGCUAUUUAACUAGAAGUAUCCAUUUUGAUUCUGCUAUUCAAGUUUUUUUGUUUUUUGUUUUUUGCUUCUGUGCAACUCUAACAAACCAGUGAUUAGUGUUUUGCCUACCUCAUCGUUUCUGACAAUUUGCCUACAAAUUUCAAAUAAAUCAUGUGGUCUUGUGUGUAAGAGCCUAGGCUGUCUGCUGAAAUAGAUUUAAUGUGGUUUUGUUUUGAAUAAAGUUGUGAAGCACUUUGAAUUUUUCUUUCCAUUCAUAGGGAGGUAGUGAAGAAAGUAAAAGUGAACAAAGAAUGUAUUGGAAAUAUGUCAAAUUUGCAAAAUACUCUAUCAAGUUCACCAAAGCUAUUAAAAGUGUAGACUUUGUGGUAGCUUUAGACAAACUGUCAGAAGUGUCUGCAUUUCAAAUAAAACAGAGCCUUGUGUGUGUAUGGUCCAAUCUGUGUACAUGUACAUACACGGCACAUAUACGUGAUGUAUAAACCCAUAGUAGUAUCUGGUUAUAUUGAAGAUGUAAUGGUCUUGAUUUCACAGAAUCUGGCUAAACCUGUUUAAGAAUGCCUUGAAAAAAUAAAGUUCAUUUUUCCUAUGGGAAUGCA